CUAAAUCAUUCUGUUAGAUCAUAAAAUGUCAAGCGCAUGUUCAGCUCCGGGUUGCCGCAGUAUACUGACAGUUGCCGGCGUCGUCUCUCUGAGCUUCUUUUUCUGGACUUCACCUCUGACCAGCUGUCCACCUCGACUACCUGAAUUCAAACAACACUCAGAUGGACACCAUGAAGAGAUGAACAACUCGAUUGCUGAUGAAACAGUGGAGAAACCUGUACUUUUAUUAUGGGUCUGGCCUGAAAAUUACAGAUUUGAUCUUAAGGACUGUAAAACUCUUUACAAUAUUGACGGCUGUCACCUGACGGACGAUAGAGCUCUCUACAGCAGUUCAGACGCUGUGCUUGUUUUUCACAAGGCUAUUAGUUGGGACCUGUCCACCCUUCCACCAUCUCCUCGUCCCCCGUUCCAAAAGUGGAUCUGGCUUAAUGUAGAAUCGCCAACAAACACGCAGAAAAUUCCAGGGAUCGAAAACCUCUUUAAUCUGACUCUCAGUUAUAGAGAGGACGCUGACAUUCCUGUGCGGCUGAGACUGACCAGCAACAAAACUCCAAAUGAGAAUUUUACAAUUCCCAAAAAGGACAAACUGGUCUGUUGGAUCGUAAGUAACAAUGCUGCCCAUACAGGUGUCGGCAAGAGGAACACUUACUACAAUGAACUUAAAAAGUACAUCACUGUGCACAUGUUUGGAAGCGCUUAUGCUGGGAGACUAUCUGAUGAAGACUAUUAUCCCACCAUAGCCAGCUGCAAAUUUUAUCUGUCUUUUGAGAAUUCCAUCCACAAGGACUACAUCACGGAAAAGUUUAACGGACCUCUGUCAGCAGGUACUGUACCUGUGGUGCUGGGACCUCCCAGAAAGAACUAUGAGAGGUUUGCACCGCGUGACGCCUUCAUUCACGUGGACGACUUCCCAGACGCAAAGUCACUGGCAGAAUAUCUGACGCAGCUGGACAGAGAUGAAGAUGCGUAUCGCAGGUACUUUAACUGGAGGAGACAUUUCUCAGCACGACCUCAUUUAAUAUUACAGAAUCAAGAGUUUGUUCUGGCGAUUUGCACGGCCUGCGAUCAUGUAGCGAGACACAAGGAAUAUCAAGAAGCUCAUGAUAUCUAUGAAUGGUUUUUUAACUAAUUUUCGAUCACCUCAGGUUUUGGAGUUUGGUUUUGCUGUUUGAUAAUGAGUCAUGUAAAC